AAUUUAAUGAACCUCUCACUAGACCACCCUCAUUUUUGAGUGGGCAGCAUGCACAAAUACAACACCUAGUUUUUUGACGCAAGAAAAAUACAAGUAUACAACAAUACAACACCUAGUUAAAUUCAAGGGCACUUUGGUAAAAAUCUAAAUCCUUUCUUCCUCACUCACUUCACUUCUCUCUCUUCACUGCAGUCUGCAACCACCAUGCCGGAACCAAACGCCGUCAGCCACCUCUCCUCCGUCAUAAGUCCUCGUCCACCACCACCCAGCCUCAAAACCACGCCGUCUCCAUUCUUUUCCGACCACUUUCGUCACCACCGCGACCAGCAUCUCUCACUUUCGAGCUGGGAAGAGAUUGUAACUCCGUCACCGGCACGGUGGUGAUGAGAUACGAUGAGUUUGAAGUGAAGAUAGAUCCAGUGUGUUUUUGUGAUAAAAAUCGAUGAUGGAGGAGGAAGAAGAUGAACAGUGUCAGUGAACGGAGACUGCGUGGUUCUGGCGUGGUGGUGGAAGAGAAGAGAACGUGUACUGCGUGUGAAGAAAUGGAAGAAAGAAAGCAAAUGUAGUUGGGAAUGAAGCAUGAGUUCUAUAACUACUAUUUGUCAUCGGUACAUAUGGCCCCGACUAAAGCAGCAUCUGGUUCACUUGAAGUUGUACGGGAAAAGAGUUGAGGAACUAAAAGUUGGAAUUCGGAAUCUAAAAAAAGCAAGAGAUGAAGUUAACCAAAAAGUUGAAGAGGAAGAUAAUCGAUAUGGGAAAAAAAUUUCAACAGAAGUUGAAGAUUGGAUUGAAAAAGUAAAUGCAAUUAUAACUGAAUGUGAGAAGUUCAACGAGGAAGAAGAAGAUCAUCAACUUGCUGUAUUCGACUUUUUUGAAAGCGGUUAUUGUCCUAAAUAUGGGAUAAGGUAUCGUCGAAGCAGAAGAGCAUUUGAUAUUACGAAGAGGGUUAACGGACUACUGCAAACGGCAAAGCAUGAAACCUUUUCUCAUUGGCUUGGUCCACCCUCCAUGGGUGCCUUUUUUCAAACGGUUGAUUUUGAAAGCUUCUCAUCUAGAGAUGCAACUGUGAAAAAGAUAAAAGAAGCGUUGAAAAUUCCAAAUGCAAGAACGGUUGGGAUUCAUGGCCUUAGUGGUGUAGGUAAGACUACUUUGGUUAAAGAAAUUGCUAGGGAAGCGUUAGAUGUCUCAGAAGCGGAUAAGAUGUUUGAUGUAGUGGUCAUGGCAAACGUGACGAGAAAUCCCGAUAUAAGAAAAGUUCAAGGGCAAAUUGCUGACAUGUUGGGAAUGAAAUUGGAUGAGGAAAGUGAGAUUGCAAGAGCUGCUCGAAUACGAAAAAGAUUGAUGAACGAGAAGGGGAGCACGCUUAUCAUCUUGGAUGAUAUUUGGGCUAAACUGGACCUCAAUAUGUUAGGGAUUCCACUUGAGAGUGAUUAUGACUACGGGGAUCACCAGUAUAGUAACAGUUUGACAAAAACAGUGAAGGGAACUCUUAACAAGAAUGCCAAUGAGGGAAGUACCACUGCAGAGCACUGUAUGACAAACACAAGAGAAGAAGACGAAGAAGAAACCACCGAGGAUGCUAACACAGUUGUGGAUCACAGUGAGACAGAAUCGAAAGAAAACUCCAGUGCUAUCUCUAUGGAGAAAUCCACUAAACUUGCCGCCAGCACGUCUAGUAGUGUGAAAAAAAAGAAAACUCUAAGCAAUUACAAAGGGUGCAAGGUUUUGCUGAUUUCUGAAAGUAAACGAGUAUUAUCAAGUCAAAUGGAAGGAAAGGUAGAGUCUAUUUACUUUGUUGAUGUCUUAAAGGAAAAGGAAACAGAGGCAUUUUUCAAGAAAAUGGCAGGAGUAAGCGAUGGAAAUUCCGAGUUUGAAAAAUUAGCAACUCAAAUUGCUAGCAAAUGUUAUGGGUUGCCAAUGUCCAUAGUUGCAACUGCACGGGCAUUACAAAACCAGAGCCGCUCGGUAUGGGAAGAUGUACACCGACAACUUGAAAGGGGGAAGUUAACCAGAGCGUAUGAGUUUUCUACAAGGUUGAGUUAUGAUCUUUUAGAAGACGAGGAGCUCAAGUUUGCUUUCUUGCUUUGUGCUCGCAUGGGUCCUGAUGCAUUGGUUAUGGACUUGGUCAGAUACUGCAUUGGUUUGGGUUUUCUUCAAGGAAUUUACACAGUAAAGGAAGCUCGAGAUAGGGUUUACACGUUGGUUGGAAAGCUGAAAGCGUCUGGAUUGCUGUCCGACAGUUAUUCAAUUGAACGUUUUACUAUGCAAGAUAUUGUUCGAAGUGCUGCUUUGUCAAUAGCAUCCAAGGAGAAUAAUGUAUUUGCAAUGUCAAAGGGAAAAAUAGAUGAAUGGCCAGAUAGACUUGAAAGGUAUGCUGCUAUUUCCUUGCAUCAUUGUCAUAUCAUUGAGGGGUUUCCCCAAAGAAUGAACUGCCCGAGACUUAAGGUCUUUCAUAUUGACAAUAAUGAUCUACAUCUGGAAAUACCAAAAAACUUUUUCAAGCGAAUGAAAGAACUCAGAGUGUUGAUACUGAGUGGCAUUCGUAUAUCUCCCUUAGAUUCAUCAAUUGAAUCCCUCACAGAACUCAAAAUGCUUUCUUUGGAGCAAUGCAUCAUAGAUAAUAAAUCAUCCGUGAUAGAUAAUGAAUUAUCUGUCAUAGGCAAGUUGACGAAGUUGAGAGUUCUUAGUUUUUCAGGAUCUGAUAUUGAAAAAUUGCCUGUUGAAUUGAAGGAGUUAAAAAAGCUACAAAUUUUUGACAUCAGUAAUUGCUCCAAACUUAGAGAAAUUCCACCAAAUAUAAUAUCAUGUUUUAUUAGUUUGGAAGAGUUGUAUAUGAGAAAUACCUUCAUUCAUUGGGAAGUUAAAGAACAGACUUCUGAAAGUAAACAUGCUAGUCUUUCUGAGUUGAUGCAUUUGGAUCAGUUGACAACUUUAGACAUACAAAUCCCAUAUGCUGUCCAUUUGCCAAAGAACUUGUUCUUUGACGAACUAUACAAUUACAAGAUUGUUAUUGGAGAUUUGAGUGCAAUCUCAGAUAUAGUUUUCAAGAUUCCGGAGAAGUAUGAAACAUCAAAAUUUCUGGCAAUACAGUUAAAGGAUGGCUUUGACAUUCAUUCUCUAAGGGGUAUCAAAAUGUUAUUCGAAAGAGUUGAACAUUUAUUUUUGGGAGAUCUUAAUGGUGUCAUAGAUAUUUUUUACAGGUUGAAUUUGAACGGAUUUCCAUAUCUUAAACAUUUGUUGGUUGUAAAUAAUUCGAAUAUUCAAUCUCUCAUCAAGCCUAAGGAAAGGCCACAUCCUGAGAAGGUUUUUCCUAAAUUGGAGUCACUGUAUCUCGAUAAUCUUGAGAAUCUUGAUAAGGUUUGUUCUUGCAAACUUUCAACACCCUCCUUUGGUAAAUUGAAGGUCAUCAAGAUCAAUCGCUGUAGUAAAUUGCAAACCAUCUUCCUAGCAGCUUUGGUUAACCAUUUGACUCUUCUCGAAACGAUUGAAGUUUCAAGAUGUGAUGGUCUGAAGGAGAUUGUGGAAGUGGAAACACAAAGCAACACUGAGGAUAUUGAGGUUGAGUUUCCUGAGUUACGCUCAUUGGUGCUACAUUCUUUAUCUGAUAAGUUUAUUGGAUUUUAUCCUGAAGAUCCCAGAACUACCAAAAGUCUCUUUAAUGAAAAGGUUGUAGUUUCCAAAUUACAAAGAUUGGAGUUGUCCUCAAUCCAAGUUGACGAAAUAUGGAGUGACCAAUCUUCCCAGAUGUCCUGUUUCCGAAAUUUGACACACUUGGACGUGAAUGGCUGUGGGAACUUAAAGUAUUUGAUUUCAUUUCCGAUGGCCAAGAGUCUAAUAAAUCUUCAAAGCCUUUUUAUAAGUGAAUGUCAGAAGAUGACAACAAUAUUUCCCAAAGGAAAGGGGACUCUUGCUAAUAUUAAGGACAAUAUCUUUUCGAAGUUGAAGAGUAUCAAACUACGUAAUAUGAAGAGUCUGACGGAGAUAUGGAAUUCUGAACCCCCUUUAAAUUCCUUUCACAAACUAAACACCUUGAUCAUCGAGGAGUGUGACAAAUUAGUCAAUGUUAUUCCUUGUUACAUGGAGGGAAUAUUUCAAAGUCUAUGCAACUUGAGGGUUACAAAUUGCAAAUCAAUGAAAGCAGUGUUUGAACUUGAUGCUAGAAAUGGAAAGGAUGGAGAUGCAUCUAACUUGCAAGAUGUUUAUUUAGAAACACUCCCAAAACUUGAGCAGGUAUUGAAAUGGAGCAAAGACCAGAACGGGAUUCUUAAAUUGAACAAUUUGCAAAAGAUGUGGGUUCAUGAUUGUGAAAACUUAGAAAAUAUAUUUCCAGUUUCUGUAGCAAUGUGUCUUGACAAUCUUGAAUACCUUGUGAUAUGGGAUUGCUUUGAAUUGAGGGAAAUUGUUGCCAAGGGAGAUGGUUCCUACAUCAACAAAAACAAUCCUGAUCCAUCAUUUGAGUUUCCUAAACUAACCACCAUCAAAUUUUCAAAACUGCCAAGACUUGCUUGUUUCUACCCAGGAGAUUAUGAAUUAAGUUGUCCAGUAUUGAACGAGCUGUCUAUUGAGCUCUGUGACCGACUGGAACCAUUCAGAAAAGAACUCACAAAUGCACAAAGAAGGCCAACCCUCUUUUCUGGAAAGGUAAUCAAUAAGUUGAAAUCCAUGCAUAUUGAGUCGUGGCAUGCACAGUCAUCAAGCAGUUAUAUGGGGGAAGGGAACCAUCGACAGGACAACUUAGAAGAGCUUUGCUUAUCUAGAUUAAUAAAUCCUGAAAUUCUCUAUUCUUUCCUUUACAGUAAUCCUAAUAUAAAAACACUGUCGUUAGUUAAUUGUUCCUUUACAGAUAUAGUGCCUCUCAAAAUUCCUCCUGAAACUGAAAAUUUGGGGGUUGUCCCAAACCUGAAAAGCUUAAAGUUGACCGACUUACCUAAUCUUGAGAUGAUAGGCUUUGAACGAGACAUAAUUCUUCAAAGGAUAGAGUUCUUCAGUUUAAAGAACUGUCCUUCUUUAGUCAAUAUAAUGCCUUCCUCAGCAUCUUUCACUCACUUGACAGAUUUAGAAGUGGUUAACUGUGAUUCAGUAGAAACAUUAAUGCCACUAUCGGCUGCUAAAAGAUUGGUUCAACUCUACAGAAUGAAGGUAGUCAAAUGCAAAUCUAUGGUUGAAAUUGUAGGAAAUAGAGAAGAAAAUGCAGGGGAACAUGACAUUGUUUUCAGAAAAUUGUAUGUCCUAGAACUUGUGUCACUGAAGAACCUCAAUUGCUUCUCUAAGAGUUGUGCCUUUUGGUUUCCGUCCUUGGAGAAAUUAGUUGUGAGUGGAUGCCCAAAAAUGAAAAGUUUUUCCAAAGAAGUUAAGAGCACCCCAUUUUUGCAAAAAAUAUUUGUCGUGCAUGAAAAGGAGAAGAAGAUAUGGUGUUGGAAAGAUGAUUUAAAUAAAACCAUACAAGAAAUAUUUGAGGAAAAGAAGUUUUUUGAAGGCAUGGAUGAGAUGAGUCUUUCAGAACAUGAUGAUCUACAAAAAGUCUGGUAUUGUGGUCAUGGUGAUAUGAAAAGUUGGUUUGGCAGUUUGAAAACUUUGAAGUUGGAAAACUGUGAAUCUCUAUCAUUUGCAAUUCCUGCUAAAAUUCUUCCUCAUUUGAAGAGCUUAAAAGAAUUGGAAGUAAGGAACUGUAACAAAGUAACAGCAAUUUUUGAAAAGAGUGACAUUCUGGAAACUCCAUUUCAAUUGAAGAAUUUAACCUUGGAAAUGUUAUCGGAGCUGGUGAAUGUGUGGGACAAGAAUUGUAAAGGAAAUCUCAUAUUUCAAAAUCUGCAACAAGUCUAUGUUAGAAAUUGUGAAAAUCUGAAAACGCUAUUUCCAGCAGCCCUAGCCAGAAAUCUUAAAAAGCUUGAGAAACUGAAAAUAGAUUCUUGUAAAAAUUUGCUUGAGAUUAUUGAAAAGGAAACAGAUAAGGCAGAAAAGUUUGUGUUCCCUUGUUUAACAUGGCUAGAUCUUUAUGGCUUGCCAAAACUCACUUACUUUUACCCUGGAAUAUUCACUGUGGAAUGCCCCGAGUUACAUAAAUUGUUAGUGUUGGAUUGUCCUAAGUUGGAGCUUUUUCAUACCACACAUCCACAGGGUGAUAGACAACCCCUUUUUUCAGAUCUCAAGGUCAUUCCUAUCCUAGAGGAGUUAGCAGUUGAUUUGGAACACACUUUGGUAUUAAAAUCACGGUUACAACAACUUACGGUUACGGAAGACCUUAAAUUUUUAAAAAAAGUUAGCAUCUUCUUUGAUAUGAAUGAUAACAACGAGCCCACUUUUUCCAUUGAUAUACUUGAGAAGGCACCCAAUUUACAAGAUCUGAGUAUAGAAUGGUGCGAUAGCCUCAAGAUAUUCCUCACUCAAAACUCAACCAUUAGUGAGCAGUGGAUUCCUGGUCAGUUGAAAAUAUUGACACUGAAUAGAGUAUCUCGGCUCCAAUACAUCAGUUUAGAGAAUUCUUGGUUAGAGACAGUUUGUAAGAAUCUCCACAAAUUGAGUGUUUCUAAUUGUCCUCAUUUGACAAAAUUAUUCCAUUCUCCUUCUGCAAUAUCUUUGUCUUCUUCUGCAAUAUCUUUGUCUCCUGCAAUAUCUUUGUUCAAUCUAAAAGAACUGUAUAUAAGCAAAUGUCAAGAAUUGGAGUAUUUAUUCACAUCCUCAAUUGCAAAAUUGUUAACGCACCUUGAGGAGAUCACAGUCAAGGAAUGUCACAAAAUUAAAGAAAUAGUGGCAAAGGUGCAAGAUGUUCCACCUAGGCAGGAGAUAAAAUUUGAGUGGCUAUACUGCAUAAAUCUAGAUUCAUUAUCAAGCCUUGAAUGUUUUUAUUCAGGCGAUGAUAUUUUAAAGUUGCCGUCUCUGACUCAAGUAGACAUAUGGCAGUGCCCAAAGAUGGAAAAAUUCUGUCAAGGAGACAUAAAUGUGAAAUCCUUAAGAGGAAUUCAAGCUUCGUCUGACUCAAAUGAUGAAUUGUUCGUCCACGAUGAUCUUAACGCCUCAGUUAAAAGUGCAAUUCUACUGCAGAUGCUUUCUAAAGGUAUGGACGACAUCAGUUUUUCAAAACAUCCGGAGCUACAAGAUGCUUGGCAUAAAGGACUUAGUCCGCAAAACAAUUGGUUUUACACUCUGAGAACUUUGAAACUAGACAACUGUGAUUUUAAACAAUAUGCAAUUUCAUCGAAUAUUCUUCUUUGUUUAAAGAACUUAAAAGAGUUGGAAGUAAGGAAUUGCAACAAAGUAAAGGUGAUUUUUGAUAUGAAUGACACCAAUAAUAUGGAAACAUCCCAGUUGAACAAUUUGACUUUGGAAGGGCUAUCAGAGCUAACAAGUGUUUGGGAGAACAAUUGUCAAGGAAUCCUCGUUUUUCAAAAUCUACAACGAGUCAGUGUUAGUAGUUGUAAAAGUAUACAAGCUCUACUUCCUGCGACUCUGGCCAGAAAGCUGACUGUGCUCGAGAAACUUGAAAUAAAAUCUUGUGAUAAAUUGCAAGUAAUUGUUGCAAAGGAGGAGGACGGAACAGGAGAUGUAACAAAAAAGUUUAUGUUCCCUCGAUUACGCUCAUUUUACCUCUAUUACUUGCCAGAGCUCGCUUCCUUUUAUCCUGAAAUGUUCACUGUGGAGUGCCCCAGGUUAAAUAAUUUAUUUGUCAUGGAUUGUCCUAAGCUGGAGCUAUUCCAUAGUGCACAUCACGAGGAUGUGGGUAAAAGUAGUAACACUUCAAUUAAUAGGCAGCCCCUUUUCUCGGAUUCUAAGGCCAUUUCCAUCCUAGAGAGCCUAUUACUCAAUCAGAAACACAUUUCGGGGUUAAGGUUAGGACAACCUAGGGAAAGUCUCAAACAUUUGAAUAGAAUUCACUUGUGCUUUCAUUCUGAUGAGAAUGAGAAUGAGAAGCCUACUUUUCCGUGCGAAAUAUUUGACAUUGCACCCAAUUUACAAGAGAUGAUGUUAGAAUGUUGUGAUCGCCUUGAUAUUUUCCUCACUCCAAACCCUAUAUUUAGUGAACAUGAGCUAAUUGGACACUUGAAAAUACUGGAACUAAACAGAGUCUCUAAGCUUAAGUUCAUCGGAUCAAGGGACUCAUCGUGGUUAAACAAGGUGUGUGAGGAACUCCAGAAGUUAAUUAUUCAGAUAUGUCCUGAUUUGACUACCCUGUUAGAUUCUGAAUCUGCAGUAUCUUUCUCCAAUCUAAAAGAACUGUAUAUAACCGAAUGUCAUGCGUUGGAGUAUCUGUUCACUUCCUCAACAACAAAAAAGUUAAUUCACCUUGAAAAGAUCACAGUUAAGAAAUGUAGAUCAAUGAAAACAGUAGUGGCAAAAGAUGAAGAUGAAGAAGCUCCACAAGGGGUUGAAUUUAAGUUGCUAUGCUGCAUAAAUUUAAUUUCUUUAUCAAUAUUGGAUUGUUUUUAUCCAGGCAAUGACAUAUUGCAGUUACCAUCACUUGCUCAAGUGCACAUAUGGCGUUGCCCAAAGAUGGAAGUUUUCUCCCAUGGAGAGAUAUACGCGAAUUCUUUUAGAGGAAUUCAGGUUUCGCCUAACUUGAAGAGUGAAUCCAUCUUCUUCUUCAAAGAUCUUAACAGUUCAACAAAAAUGCUGAAUGAAAUUCAGAUUAGGGUGGACCAUACUUUGUCGAAGGAACAGAAUAUGCAGAAAUUUAUAAUAAAGGGAAAAUUGUUAUCAUUUGUUGGUACUAGCAACACUCGCGUGCAAACAUUAGCUCUCUCAUUGGAUGAAAAGCCUGUUUGUUCCACUAUUUUGGAUAUGGGGAGACUUCCUAUUUUUAAAAAACUAGGGGCAAAUAUUUUUAAACCAAAGCGCACACGUUUUUCAUCCAAUAAGAGAGUUGAUAUUGAAAAGAGAGUGUUAAAAUGAGUAUUGUUACCACUAUUACUUUCAAAUAUGGUGCAAAGGAGGUGUGGGAAAUGCAUAUGAAAAUACUGUAAAAAAGAGAAAGAACUGAAAAUAAAAAGGGUUUAGAAAGAAGUUUAAAACCCGGCAUGGGGUGAUUUUGGAUAGAAUCACGCUUAAGUUUGUCGAGGAAGAAGAAAAUAGUGAUGUCAAAAACUUAAGAUGAGAAGGAAGAAGAGGCUUGAUUCUUGGAGGAUCAAAUUUGCUUGUAUCUGUUAUCUUUUAUGUAAUGUAAUGUAAUGCCACUAUUUUGGAGUGAGAAAGGUUUAUUUUUAUAUAUGUUGAUGUUGAUUCAAAGAUGUUUUGUUGUUUUGUAUAAAGAUAUCAGUUAACUGUG